UGGCAGCCGUACCUUACGAUUUGGGUCACAGUGAUCGUCCUCCGACUGCUGGUGUGCGGGUGGGCGGCUGAUGUGACGCUCAUUUUUGCGACUCUUUUUCUCUGUCUCGCGAAAGUUCUGGAACUCAAGGACGCCUGGGCAGGAUUCUCGAACGACGUCGUGCUCAGUGUGGCCGUUCUGGGGGUCGUCGCACAAGGUGUGGAGCAAGCAGGGGCGGUAGAGAAAAUUUUCCUACUUUUCCUAGGCCGUCCAAAAGGAUUCCGGGAGGCAUCUUUGCGCUUGUUAGUGCCCGCAAUCAUCCUCAAUGUUGGCAUCAGCAAUACUGCGAAUAUGAGCAUUCUCAUGCCCAUCAUUGAGAAGUGGGCAGUGGAUAUUGGUUUCAGCAAAAAUCUUUUUUUGAUGCCACUCAGCUUUGCUUUGCUUAUCAGUGGAACCGUCGCGAUUUUCGCUACUUCAUCCAACCUUUUGGCACAAGGACUCAUGAUCGAGCACGGACAAAAGCCUUUUGGGACAUUCGAGAUAGCUCCCGUGGCAAUUGCCGCGACUGCUGUCACUGUCCUCGGUGUUUUAGUCCUGAUGGAGCCGCUCUUUCCCUACUUUUUUCGAGAAGACGAAGAUGAGCUUCUGUCAGAGCUGUCCGACGCGGCAGACCAACACGAAUCUCUUGACGAACAAUCGCAAGACCUAGACUUACUCGAAGAUGGCAAAGACGACCCUGCUGCUUUGCAAAAUCCUGCAUCAAAUCAAGAAAAUCAUGAAGAAACUGGAAUUCAGAAAACAACUUCGAGCAGGCAUGAUGAAGUAGAUGGACCAGAAGCACUUUCGGCGGACAACAAAAGAGCGUUAGAAAAUCUGCUUACCAUUCCAACACCAAAGACGCUUGUGUCAGAGGGGCAGCAGAGCCAUUCGAAACGGCAACUAAGCGCUGACACAGCGGGAGGCGGCAGUCGCACUGGCGCGUUGUCAAAACUCAGUGCAACCGCCAAGGUGAUAUCAUUGGCUGGUGGGAAGGGUUCCGCCG